UGUUGUGUAUCAGCUGGGUGUGACUGGGAGGUUGGACAGAUAGAGUUACCUGCAGCCCCUCCCCCACAGCCCCUCCUCCUCUGUCAGUGUCUCAGGUGUAGCCUUUGUUUCUCAUCCAGCAGCAACAAACACUGACGGUGACAUCAUGGUGUUCCAUCCAGAGUUUGAGUGUGCGGGUCAGAGGACGGGGCUUCAGGUGUGGCGGGUGGAGAACAUGGACCUGGUUCCUGUUCCUGAGAGUCUGUAUGGACAGUUCUUCAACGGAGAUGCUUACCUGGUUCUCCAUACCAUCAAGAACAGCAGGGGAACCCAGUUCGACCUGCACUACUGGCAAGGUUCAGAGUGCUCUCAGGAUGAGAAAAGUGCAGCAGCCAUCUUUACGGUCCAGAUGGAUGACUACCUGCAGGGGAAACUGGUUCAGCACCGUGAGGUCCAGGGCUAUGAAUCCAAGGCCUUUACCGGGUACUUCAAAACCGGACUCAAGUACAUGAAAGGGGGCGUGGCCUCAGGGUUCAAACAUGUGGUGACCAAUGACGUGGACGUUCAGCGCCUGCUGCACGUCAAAGGUCGACACAUCAUCAGGGCAACGGAGGUUCCUGUCAGCUGGGAGAGUUUCAACCAGGGAGACAGUUUUAUACUGGACCUGGGAGAGGAAAUCAUCCAGUGGUCUGGUUCCCAUAGCAACCACUUUGAGAAGCUGAAGGCCACCGUGGUGUCUAAGGGUAUCCGUGACGACGAGCGGUGCGGGCGGGCCGAGCUGCUUUUCUGUGAUGAGGGGGCGGAGCCGGCAAGGAUGCUUGAGGUUCUCGGGGAGAAGCCGAAGCUGUCUGAAGCUCACAAUGAAGACACAAAGAUGGACGCUGCACACAGGAAACAGGCACAACUCUACAAGGUGUCCAAUGCAGAUGGUGACAUUGAGGUUACCAUGGUAGCAGAGAAGAGUCCAUUCUCCCAGGAUGCUUUGCAGUCCAGCGAGUGUUUUAUCCUUGACAAUGGCGCCAACGGGCAAAUCUUUGUCUGGAAAGGUAAGGAUGCAAACACUGAGGAGCGUCACGCUGUCCUGCAGAGCUCAGAGCAGUUCAUCCACAAGAUGGACUACCCGGCACACACACAGGUUCAGGUCCUUCCUGAGUAUGGGGAGACUCCACUCUUCAAACAGUUCUUUAAGGACUGGGUGGACCCCGACGAUACCAUUGGCAUGGGAAUGGCCUAUGUAUCCAAUCAGAUUGCAAAGAUACAGAAGGUUCCAUUUGAUGUAUUGAAGCUCCACCAAUCAGAAGCCAUGGCAGCACAGCACGGGAUGGUGGACCGAGGAGAUGGGGAGAAACAGAUCUGGCGUAUUGAAGGAUCUGAUAAGGUUCCGGUGGAUCCAUCAGUGUUUGGUCAGUUCUAUGGAGGAGACAGCUACAUCAUUCUGUAUCAGUACCAACACAACCACAGACAGGGUCACAUCAUCUACAUAUGGCAGGGGACUGAGUCUAGCCAGGAUGAGGUUGGAGCGUCUGCCAUCUUGGCUGUUCAGCUGGACAAUGAACUGGGAGGGGGUGCUAUACAGGUGCGUGUGGUUCAGGGAAAAGAGCCGGCCCACCUCAUGAGCCUGUUUGGAGGCAAACCAAUGGUGGUGCAUAAGGGUGGGACUUCCAGAGAGGGCGGCCAGUCGGAGGUGUCAGAUACCCGCCUGUUCCAGGUCCGGGCCAAUUCAGCAGGAGACUCCAGAGCAGUGGAGGUGGAUCCGUCCUCCUCCAGGCUCCACUCCAGUGAUGUCUUCCUCCUGGUCUCCUCUUCUGGAUGCUGGAUGUGGAGAGGGAGGAGCAGCAGCUCAGCUGAAGUCCAGGGAGCUGAGCACCUGGCUGGACUCCUGCAGGUCACCCCCACCCUGCUGGAGGAGGGGGGGGAGGAAGAUGCAUUCUGGGAUACGCUGGGGGGGCAGGAGGACUACUGUCGUUCCCCCCGGCUGAAGAACAAGAUGGAGGCUCACCCUCCUCGCCUGUUCGCCUGCUCCAACAAGACGGGAAACUUCCUGAUGGAGGAGGUUCCAGGUGAGCUGAUGCAAGAUGACCUCGCUCCCGAUGAUGUCAUGAUCUUAGAUACCUGGGACCAGGUGUUCGUUUGGAUCGGAAACGAGGCUCACGAGGAGGAGAAGAUGGAGGCGGCGUCAUCAGCUGUCAGGUACAUCGAGAGCGACCCGGCAGACAGAGACCCUCGUACCCCCACCGUGACAAUGAAACAGGGAUUUGAACCGCCAACAUUCACCGGCUGGUUCCUGGGCUGGAACCACGAGUACUGGUCCUUCGACCAGCUAGAGCAGGAAACCAACGGCCUGUGACAGAGUGACAUCACUUCCUAAAGGAGCUCGUUUCACUGCUUUGUUCUCAUGAAUAAAGCCUGUCUGCCUGCCUACCUGUC